AUGCUCUUGGGAGGAGAAACUUCUCGAUCUCGCGCCAUCCAUUGUCUCGUCAAUGUCGCGCUGAUCCAUAUCACCAUCAUGAUUGUACAAAGGAAAUACCGGCGGGACAAAUCUUAUGCGUUCCUCUGCGUCUUUGCAAACGUUGACGCCGCGAUAGGCGUGAAGCAGGAGGGCAUUGUCCGCGACGGUCACAACAACGGGCUGCGCCAAGCGGGCGGCGCGUCAAAUCUGAGAGGGCAUGAGGAGGGAAAUGCUGGUGCUGAUGAUGAUGCUGAUGCUGACGCUGACCAGUAA